GGUCAGUGAAUUCAAGCAUUGUACCAUGAUAGGUUGCCACCUGUGCUAUAAGUCCAUCCGUGAAAUUUCUUUGCUACUGAAUAUUCCACAGUCAACUGUUAGUGGUAUUAUAACAAAGUGGAAGCAACUGGGAACAACAGCAAAUGGCAAUCCGCCACUGGACUCUAGAGCACUAGAGACAUGUUCUCUGGAGUGACAAAUUAUGCUGCUCUGUCUGGCAAUCUAAUGGGCGCAUCUGGGUUUGGUGGUUACCAGUAGAAUGGUACUUGCUUGAAUGCGUUGUGCCAAGCAUAA